AAUUUUAUAACACUUCAUCGAAUACUCUCAACAAAAAUUACGAUUGUGUAGAAAAAAAAUAAAAUAAUCAUGGCACACUACGAGAACCAAUAUAGUGCAGGGCAGGCUCUGCAGACGGACGAAUACGGCAACCCAGUCCGCCAAACUGACGAAUAUGGCAACCCAAUCCAGCAGACUGGAGGGACCAUGGGAGAAUAUGGAACCACCGGUACCGGCUAUGGAACUCAGGCUGGACACACCACUGGCGUGCUUGGUGGCACCGGUACCGGCUAUGGAACUCAGGCUGGACACACCAGUGGCGUACUUGGUGGGGAACAACGCCAGCAUGGUACUCUUGGUGGCAUGCUUCACCGUUCUGGCAGCUCUAGCUCCAGUAGCUCUUCUGAGGAUGAUGGACAUGGCGGUAGAAGGAAGAAGAAAGGGAUCAAGGACAAGGUGAAGGAGAAAUUGCCAGGAGGUCACAGAGAUGAUCAAGCCCAUUCAACUGCAACAACUACAACUACUGGUUAUGGCAUGGAAGGCACUCAUGAGAAGAAGGGAAUUAUGGAGAAGAUUAAGGAGAAGCUUCCAGGCCAUCAUGGCCCUGGACACCACUAGGAAUUGAAGCCGUGGCUAAAAGAAUAAAUUAUCCUUUUAAAUAUAUACAUAUAAAAUGUUUGGCUAAUUACUUGUAUUAGCAGUCGUUUCUAGUUUGUCCUUGCUGUGUGUUUUAAGCUUGGCCUGUCAUGUGAAUAAUAAAGCCAUGCUAGCCCUUGAAGUGCUAGUGGAAGUAUAAUCACACAUGUAAUAAGUCUUUUUUAAGUAUGUCGUACCAUGUACCUCAUGAAAAAUUCCAACACUGGGUUAUAAAUGUAUUUUAGUUCAUAUGGCA